AUGGCUCAUGGCAUGACGAUUUUGGAGCCAUUUCAUCAUGUCUCACUUGGAAGGAAAUUGUCUGCAAGUUUAGAUCCACUCGCCCGCAUGAGCAAGUCUGAAAGUAAUGUCAUUUAUGCUUUUCACUUGUGCAUACAAAUUGCUUUCCAGAUGAGACAACGCUACAAAGAGACGCAUGAUGCGUCAAUCGGCGCAUGUUGUGACCAGCUUCAUCUGGAGCACGACAGAUUGCGUGUCGACUUGCGCAAACGCAUCGCUCAAACGGUCAGCAGACUGUCCUCACUGUCCGAGCCCCUGGACACGAAAGAGUACAGACUGCCGCGAAAUCCUCCAACCGACAAACUGUUCUCCACCAUUCAGGAGUCUUUGAAUGCGAUGCCUUCACAAGUCUCCAAUGUCUUUGCCGCUUCCGGACUGGUGACGCCGGAGCGGAAGAAGUUGAGUCUGGUUGAGUUGGAGUAA